AUGGAGUCAGACUUGAACAAUAGCAGGAAGCAUCAACAUGGCAGUAACCUUCUGGAACAUAUCAACAGGAUGCGUGAGUCCUCUGAGCUCAUUGACAUUGUGCUGGUAGCAGAGGGACACAGAUUUCCAUGCCAUCGGGUCGUGUUGGCUUCCUUCAGCCCUUAUUUCAGGGUGAUGUUCACCUGCGGCUUGGUGGAAUGUAACCAGACAGAGGUCACCCUCCAUGAUGUCACUGCUGGCAGUGUCUCCAUUAUCUUAGAAUACAUGUAUACCUCCCAACUCUACAUAAACAAUCUUACCGUCCAAGGGGUGGCCACUGCCGCCUACUUCAUGCAGAUGGAUGACAUUUUCAGAAUGUGUCAGAACUACAUGAUGGACCACAUGGAUGCCUCAAACUGCAUUGGGAUUUAUUACUUUGCUAAGCAGAUAGCUGCGGAUGACUUGGAGGCAAGGUCCAAGAAAUAUUUGUACCAGCACUUCAGUGAAGUAGGCCUACACGAUGAGAUUCUAGAGGUUGACUUUCAUCAGCUGAUGACCAUGAUCGCGUCCGAUGACCUCAACGUUUCUAGGGAGGAGAGCAUCUUGGAUCUUGUUCUGCGAUGGGUGAACCACGACAAAAACCUGCGAUCUGAGCACCUUAUAGAUCUCCUGAAACAAGUUCGAAUGCUUCUGGUCAACCCGUCUUUUCUCCGAGAAGCCCGAAAGAGGAACACCGUGCUCCUAUGCAAUGCUCAGUGCUACGACAUGGUUGAACAAGCCUUAGAAACUAUCGAAAAAUCUACCCAGGUUUCACUGAGUCUUCGCUAUGGAAUGGAGACUACAAGCCUCCUUCUUUGUCUGGGCAACAAUGGCACGGGCAUCAGGUCAAAAUAUGGAAACUACGGGGAAGCCAGCUUCUGUUUUGCUCCAACGACAGGGAAAAUCUGUUACAUUUCUUCGCCGAAACAAGGAGAAGCUUUGGGCUUGGUCUCCGCUGGAGUGGUCACCGAAAACAAUGAUAUCAUUUUGGCCGGGGAAGCGACAGUUAUUAGAUUGGCCAGACAAAAGGAAAGGCGUGUUGAGCUUUGCAGAUAUCACAACCGAGGCAGCUACUGCUGGGAGAAGUUGUGCAGUGCGGAGUACAGAGAGCUGUAUGCCCUGGGCAGCGUUCACAACGACCUCUAUUUGAUCGGAGGGCAAAUGAAGCAUAAAAAACGAUACGUUGUCACGAACUGCGUGGACAAGUACUUGGCGGAGAAUGAGAGCUGGAGGAGCGUGUCGCCGUUGCCUCUUCCUUUGGCGUGCCACGCCGUGGUGACCCUCAACAACAAGCUCUAUGUCAUGGGUGGCUGGACUCCACAGACUGACAACGCGUACGAUGAGCCCGAUCGUUUGAGCAAUCGGCUUUUGCAGUAUGACCCCACCGGUGAUAAGUGGACUCAGUUGGCCUCCAUGAAGUAUUCGAAAUAUCGCUUCAGUGCGGCUGUCGUGAAUGGGGAGAUUUUCGUAUUAGGUGGCAUUGGUUGUACUGGUCCAGACAAAGGACAGACCCGCAAGUGUCUUGACGCUGUGGAAAUUUACAAUGUAGAUGCAGAUUUCUGGAGAGAUGGUCCCCCGAUGCCCCAUCCUCUGCUCUCCCUUAGAAGCAACUCGAGCAGUGCAGGUGUGGUGGAAGGAAAGCUGUACCUUUGUGGUGGUUACCGAGGGGCAGAUCGCCAUGAAGUGAUCACGAAGGAGAUUCUGGAGCUGGACCCGUGGGAGAACCAAUGGAACGUGGUUUGCACCAGGGCUCCCAUGCACGAUUCCUAUGACGUCUGCCUUGUGGCCCUUCUAAACCCGCGAGACCUCCUCCCGCCUCCCCGGGACCUAAUGGAGAGGUGA